ACAUCCAAAACCGCGCGCUAACGGAGCCAUCAAAGUAAAUUUCCAAAUGUUUACAAACUAAGUUCGUUAAUUCCUUUGUGUUGAAUGAAUUUAAUAAUUUAAGUUGUUAGUUCUGACUCCGGGGCCGAAUUAAUCAAUCGCUUAAUUUUGACUCGCGAUAAUGUCGAACGCGUGUGAUUCAUCGGAUGGCGCUGGAGAAACGGACAGCUGUUCGUCAGAAUCCGACUCGAUAGCUUGUUCUCCGCCCGUUAAACCUCCGAGAAGAAGCUUGGCUGCAAAGCAGGUAAAUGCCGAAGCAAAUGAAGCAUCCGACAGAAGCAACCGGAGACGUUCAACGAGGCACCGCUCACCGGCCAAACGAUAUUCGGAAAAUUUUGUCCAACCCACUUUGAGAAAGGGCAGCAGGCAGAGGAAGACGGAUAGCCAAGAUGAUGCCGACGAGAGUGAACUCGAAGUAGCGAAGUUAGACUCGGAGGAUGAGCAAGCAUUAGAUGAGCUGGCAGGCAAAGUGAAGGCAACUAGCCUUUUCGAGGAUCGCACCGACGUCGAGGGGCAAAAAUUGUACGGUUUCAAAACGCCCAAGAAGAAAGGAUCCCUAAAUGUACUGGCAUCUAGUGUACAAAAGACACCUUCCGGUGGAACUCCGAGAAGAAGAACUGUAAACAAGUUACCGAUCACUCCAAAGACACCGAAAACUCCAUCAACAUCGAAAGGCAGAAGCAGAGCGGAUCUUGUUAAAACGCCACAUGUAGAAAGGAAUAAACUGAAGAAAGAUAUUUCAAAAAUAAUUGAAUAUGAGAAUGCCUCGGAUUUCUCCGUGAGCGAAAGUGACUAUGCUCCUUCUUCGGAAGAGGAUAGCAACGAGGACAGCGAUGAGGUUGAUGAUGAUGAUGAACAGGCAAAGGAUUCUUCACCGGACGAUGUCAAACCCAAGCGUCCUGUCAUCAGGUCUCAAUUUGCUGCAAUAUCUGUUGCAGCAGCAGCAAAAACUUCAGCUCCUGUCGAGCAGCGAAUAAGCUCUCGGACCCGCAGACGCUCCAGCAAAAAGACUGAUCUUCAGUAUGUGGUCCAGAGUGAUGAUUACUUCACCACUCACAGUAGCACAAAAAUUAUUACAUCGGAUCAUACGUUGGAUCGGUUGAAUACUCCCCGGCUACCGCAUGAUCAGUUGUUUCGAGUAUUGAAGGAAUUACGUGGAACAGCUGAACACGAGAGAGCCAUAAAAGAAUUGCAUGAGGAAUACGAAAGCUAUUUCGCCAAGUGGUUAUUCCUUAUGAACGAAGGCUUCAAUAUACUAUUGUACGGAUUGGGCUCGAAACGAAACCUGAUCCAGACGUUUCACAGGAAUGUUUUAGCCGAUCAACCCGUAGUGGUAAUAAACGGGUUUUUCCCAACGUUGUCCUUGAAAGAUGUUCUGGACGCUAUCACAGCAGAUAUUCUGGAUAUGACUGUUAGCAGUGCCAACUUUCACGAAGUUGUCGAUAUGAUCGAGAAAGAGUUCAGCUAUCUUCCCGAUACGCAUUUGUUCCUGAUUGUGCAUAAUCUGGACGGAAUCAUGUUGCGGAAUAGCAAAUCGCAGAAUGUGCUGGCGCGUUUAGCAGGCAUCGCCAAUAUUCAUUUGAUUGCAUCGAUUGAUCAUAUCAAUACCCCACUAAUUUGGGACUCAUCCAAGCUGAGUUGUUACAACUUUUCCUGGUGGGAUGUGACGACAAUGCUUCCCUACUCUGACGAAACUUCCUUCGAAAACUCGCUGCUCGUCCAGAACUCGGGCGGUCUGGCGCUAUCCUCGAUGAAGAACGUGUUCCAAUCGCUGACGACAAACUCGCGCGGUAUAUUCCUCGCCAUCGUUAAGCAUCAGCUGGCCAACGGUGGCAAUCCGCAGUACCAGGGGAUGCUGUUCAAGGAUCUGUACUGGAACUGUCGGGAGGCGUUUCUGGUGAGCACCGACUUGGCACUGAGGGCUCAGCUGACGGAGUUCAUCGACCACAAGCUGGUAAGGGUGAAACGGACGGUGGACGGGGCGGAGAAUUUGCUCGUUCCAAUCGAGCACGGAUUGUUGCAGCAAUUUUUGCAAGAGAAUGAAGAACAGUAGUGAAGAAUAAGGGAUUGAUGUUUUUGUGUUUGUUUUUGUUGCCGAAUAAAUCGAAUAAAUUGUGGAUAGCGAGCGAA